AUGUUCCAGCGAUCCACACCCAGGAAUCCCAGUCCGGCAAAAAAACGCGACCUUUCACUCCUGCCACACUCAAAGCCGCCAGAAGUCAACCACCUCGACCAUCAGAUUGGUCUCCGAAACGGAUCCACAUCCGUGCUCGAGUUCUCACCAAGCCGUGUACAGCGCGCAAAGCUCGCCCCCAGCCUAACCCCGUCCGCAAGGAUAGAAGAGCUCACGCGAGAACUGGGCCAGAUGCGUCAAGAGAUUCAGUUCUACCGGCAAUGCUUUGAGAUCCUACAGAGGCUUCGUGAUAAGUCUUACGAUGUGUACCAGCAAAUCUUCCUAGAGCAUUACCUCGACCCCGGCUCUGGCCGGGUGGGCGAGCUCAUGAGCCAGCUCCACCACGCGCUAGAGGAGUCGGUGCGGCAUGAAGCAGCUGCAAAAAGGGAUUGGAUAGGAUUCUGGGGUCGAGAGUCUAACCAGAUCGAAGAUGGGGGUUGGAUCUGA